UCGCCCGCUCCCUCGUCGUCCUCAUAUAACACCAUCUCCCUGAUCAUCGUCCUCGUCCUCGUGUAUACUUCCUCCUCUUCCUGAUCAUCGAUCACCAUUCCUCUAAGCAGAGCAAAUCCGCCUCCAAACGCUCCAGGCGCUGGCGGCCUCCAAGACGAUCGAGAAAGCUUCUUGACCUCUGUUCCACUGAAUUGGGCAAGGCGGGCCUUCUGCACGCUCUUCCUGACGCUCACUUUUUUUCUGGCGACCUCUGGUCAGUGAUCUUGAACGGCUUCAUCGAUCUUCAGCUCGGCUAUCUGCUGAGGGCGCUGCUGUUUUCCGAGAGACUUAAGUAGUUUGGAGAACCAGUCUUAUACCCAAUGAAAACUCUGUUUAACUCUGUUGAUUUACUUGUUUUGCCAGGAACAAAGCAUCCGCUGAGAUCUGCUUUGCUGCUUUCUUCAGCAAGCAUUCCUCCCGAGGAUUUGGUGGUGAGCCGAUCUGCUUUUGCAGACCCUAUAUUUUAUUGCAGGAGUAUUAAUUUUGACUUCUCUUUCUUGUCGUUGGGCAUUUUCAGCAAAUCUAGUCAGUAGCUUGCUACGAGUGGAUCCUGAAUAACAGCAAGAAAUUCACAAUUGAUGUUAGUAUUCUGCUGAUAUAGAUCAAGAUCUGCCACCAGUUUCUAAUUGGGUAUUCCACUAGCACAACAUUCAGUGCUAAUUUGUCCAUAGUCCAGAAUUAAAAAUAGACUCGUGGUUAGCACUUACUUGGCAAUGUCACACCCCCAAAAAAAGAGAUUGGUUCUCCUUCAUUCUGUGAAAUUAGCAACGGAUGUAUGUCACGGUUUAGAUUAGCAGCAGCAAAUUAUGCAAUUAGCUUACACGAGGAAGGGCGUUAUUUGUUUUCGCAAAUGAGUUCAGCUCCCCACCUUGGCUAUCUCCAUGUUCAGCUCACCGGCGAAUGAUUUUCAUCAUCUUUCGGCGGUGAGCUCAGGUUCCUGCCCGGAGAAAAAGUCUUACCAACAAAAAAAAACCUCUGUUUUACACUGUUUUCUUCAGCGAGCACUCCUACCGGGGAUUUGGUGGUGAGCGGAUCUGCUUUCAGAGACUUAUAUUUUAUUGCAGGUGUACUCAUAUGUUAUUAAUUUUUUUUUGUUGCGAGAAAAAAUAUGUUAUUAAUUUUGACUUCUAUUGUUUAGUUUCAGAAAAUCUUAGUCCUUAGCUUGCUUUGGAUGGAUCCUGAAUAACAGCAAGAAAUUCACGAUGGAUGUUACUUUUCUGCUGUUAUAGAUCAGAUCUGCCACCAGUUUCUAAUUGGGUAUUCUACUAGCACAACAUUCAGUGCUAAUUUGUCCAUAGUCUAGAAAUAAAAAUAGACUCGUAGUUAACACUUACUCGGCAAUGUCACACCCAAAUAAAAGGAGAUUGGUUCUGCUUAAAUCUGUGAAAUUGGCAACGGAUGCAUGUCACAGUUUACAUUAUCAGCAGCAAAUUAUGCAAUUAGUUUACAAGAUGCAGGGUGUUAUUUGUUUUCACAAAUGAGGUAUAUGUCUCUUGUAUCCAAUCUCAUGUCAUAUACCUCAUCCCACCCCAGUGUAUAAAAGCCUGACUCAUCUUCAUGUUCCGUUUGAUCAAAGCUUCCUACUUGCGCAGAAAAACUCUCCACGAUGGCCUCCUCCAUAUUCAACUCACGGGCGAGCAAUUUUCCUGGGCUGUCGGCGGAAGCCUCACCUUUUUUUGGCGAGCACUCCUCCCCGGCGAUCUCUUUGGCAGAUUUCUCCGGCAGAUUUGAUGGAGACAUGUAUUCCCAAUUACUGAGUAUGAGUUUGCCAUUGUCUGAAUAUGUGAAGCUGAUUACCAAAACAACGACUGUAUCACCUCCAGGAUAUCCAAAUCAUCGGCGCCUUGUUCUGACUGAUGAUAUCAAACGGCUGAUGAGGCGUGUGCUAGCGUUAAUGCCAGACCCUGAAACUAAUAACAUAUGCUUCUUCAAGUUGAAGGCUAACAAUGUUUUCGUUGACCUUCUGUCUGGAAAACCUUUUCUCCAUGCUGCAUCCUGGACAGCAAAUUAUGACGGCAAUCUUGCGCAGAUGAACUAUGCAAGCGUCGGGGAAAUGUUCAUACAGACAAUCUUCAGUGGAGCAGUGGCAUCUUUGCCUGCUGAUUUCCAGCAACUCCUUGGCCUGAUGAAAACCAAUGGACACACGGCUUCCUAUGCUAUUCAGCAUCAUUGCUCCCUCAUUUGGCGCGUUGACAAGAAAGAGCUUUUUACCCGUAUAUAUGAUUUUUCAAACGAGAUUCUACAGAGGUGGAACUAUAUGUGGUAUAAAGAUGUCAUGAAUAAUUUGCACUUCCCUGCAAACUGGGACACACUCAUUCAGCAAAACCCAUACCUGAAUAUGUUCUACAGAGGAAGUACAUAUUACCCGAAUGCUGGAAAGGAGGUCCUGCGAUUUAAGAGGAACGCCUACAUCCAUUGUUUGCAUCAUGCAUGGGACAUGAAAACAGUGCAGAAAAUUUAUGAUCAGGCAGAUAUGGGAGAGAUGCUAGAGACCUCACUCUCCCUGGUCCUUCAUAGUUUUCAGCUGGAGCUGGAUAAACGAGGACUGCUAAGGUUUACAAUGCUCGAGUCUUUAUUCCACUAGUCUACCGACAGGCCACAAAUCCCGAGCGUACAAGGUAUCAAAUUAAUAAAACCGUGAGCUGUUUCCUGUUGAGGGCUGGCGCUUGGAUAGAUGUUACCUGUUGAGGUUUUUGGCUAUGGUUGUGUGUGAUGUAUGGUGAACUCCUUGUUUCUAGUCUUAGUGUUGAUAGGUUUUUGUCCCGUAGGAGAUAUUUCGAUGUCGAUUCAUCUGUCAGCGGGUUUCCUAUUGAUGCUAGGGCGCUCUUUCUUUCUCGUUUUCUUUGUUUACUUUCUGCUUUAA